AUGCCUGCCACUUUCCCGCAGUUUGUGACGGUGGCAAUCAUCAGACCUUUUCUGGAUCCUCCCGAUGUUAAAUGUUUGAGAGAAGUUUUGAAGGUGAAGCAUCUGGUGGUGUUUCUUCUGGGGAUUGUAACCGGUGGACUUGAGCUGUGGGAAAGGCAUCAAUGUAUGGAUGGAUUGUUCCGAAAAAGGCUUUGGGGUGGGACGUUUGGUGAAGUUUAUAAGAGACCUUCAUGCUUGGUGCAACAUAUGUCUCUGGACAAAAAAAGAGGGAUGUAUCUGUCGAGUAUACGGCUCAGACCCGUAAGAGAUCAAUCAUUGAGCAGGAUCAAGCGCAAUAUAGAACUGAUGGUGGAAGCACCAGCUCCGAUAGGUGAUGGUGGUGGACCAAAUUGGGGUGCUAAACACAUAAAGGCAGUAAUGAACAUUGGUGUGCCUUUCUUAGGUAUCCCAAAAGCUAUAGCUGGCCUUUUUUCUACUGAAGCCAAAGAUAUUGCAUCUGCCAUGAGAGACAGAGAUAGGCGGUUCACCGAUGGGAGUGCCAGAAGAACCAAAGCAUCAAAUCUGAAGCAUAUGGAAAAUGCAUCAAACUGA